AUGUUAAAUAGAUUCUCAGCCAGUGUCUCUGGAGGCGAUGGAACCUCAAUCCUAUGGUCUCAAUCAUCUGGAACUAAAAUAAAAAUAUCGCCAAAUAACCUUUCCUAUCUUUCCUUGAAUGCAAACUCACUUGCUGAAGAUAUUUCAUAUGUAUUUUCUUUGACUAUUACAUCUGGAAGGUCAAGCUUUAGCGUCGACUUAGCCUUUUGAAUGUUAACUUAAUUCUUCUGAAAAAUUUUGGUAAAAAGUAAAAAUUAUUUAAAAUAGUUAAAGGGUUGGAAUUUUUAUAAGCAAGAAGCUAG